AUGUGGACGGCUAUAGGGAAACUGCUGCUUCUACAUGGGCUAUUCGUGGGGUUUCUGGUGGUGAACGGAACUAAUCUGGACUGUGAAAGCGGUCAGUUUCAGUGUAGGAACGGCAGGUGUAUCCCGACUCCUUGGAGAUGUGAUGAUGAUGAUGACUGCUCAGACAACAGCGAUGAGGAGAACUGCCCAAAGAAGACCUGUGCCACAACUGACUUUGCAUGUAAGAACGGCCAGUGUGUCCCAGGCCGAUGGAGGUGUGAUGGAGAACCAGAGUGUCCAGACGGUUCGGAUGAAGCAGACUCCGCCUGCAGUCGCCAGACGUGUCCGCCAGAGAAGUUUGACUGUGGCGGCUCAACCAGCAAGUGUGUGUCUUUGUCAUGGCGCUGCGAUGGAGAAAGAGACUGUGAAAAUGGAGCAGACGAGGAGCAGUGUGCCGCAGAUGCCAAGGCUUGUCCUGCGAAAGAGUUCCAGUGUCGCAACCGUAUGUGUGUGGCUCCAACAUUCGUAUGUGAUGGUGAUGAUGACUGCGGGGACCGCAGUGAUGAGGAGAAGUGCACCGCCGCUACCGCCAGCACCUGCGGCCCACAUGAGUUUCGCUGCAAUGACUCCGAAUGCAUCCCAACACCGUGGAGCUGCGACGGAGACCCUGACUGCAGAGACAAGUCUGACGAGUCUCUGGAGCGGUGCAGCCGCAGGACAGAGCCGCAGAAACCUCACUGCUCCAUGGGAGAGUUUCGCUGCCGGAGCGGAGAGUGCAUUCAUCUCAACUGGAAAUGUGAUGGAGAUCCAGACUGCAAGGACAAGUCGGAUGAAGCAAACUGUCCUGUGUUGACCUGCCGUCCUGAUCAGUUCCAGUGUGGCGACGGCUCCUGCAUUCACGGCACUAAACAGUGUAACAAAGUGCACGACUGUCCAGAUUUCAGCGAUGAGGCCGGCUGCGUCAACAGAACCAAUAAAUGUGAAGGGCCGCUGAAGUUCAUGUGUAAGAGUGGGGAGUGUAUCGAUAGCAGCAAAGUGUGUGACACUAUCAGGGACUGCAAAGACUGGUCUGAUGAGCCUGUGAAGGAGUGCGGACUGAAUGAAUGUGCCAUAAACAAUGGCGGCUGCUCUCACAUAUGUAAAGACCGGCAGAUCGGCUUCGAGUGUCAAUGCCCCUCGGGCUACAAGCUCCUGGACAAGAAGACUUGUGGAGACAUAGACGAAUGCGAGAACCCAGAGGCCUGCAGUCAAAUAUGUAUCAACCUCAAAGGUGACUACAAAUGCGAGUGUUACGAAGGCUACGAGAUGGACCCAGUUACCAAGACGUGUAAAGCAGUGGGUAAGAGCCCAUACCUCAUGUUUACUAACCGCCAUGAAAUCCGCCGCAUUGAUCUGUUGAAGAAGGACUACACACAAGUGGUGCCGACCCUGAAGAAUGCUGUGGCCCUGGAUGUGGAUGUUACCACCAACAAGAUGUACUGGUGUGACCUUUAUCAUCGCAAGAUCUUCAGCGCAUACAUCAACAAAGCCAACAACUCAUCAGAGCAGAUCACUCUCAUAGACACCGCACUACAUUCCCCAGAAGGCUUAGCGAUGGACUGGGUUCAUAAGAACAUCUACUGGACGGACUCUGGACACAAAACCAUCUCUGUUGCUAAUGUCGAUGGCAAGAAGAGGAAGGUGUUGAUUGAUACCGAGCUCGGAGAACCACGUGCUAUUGCUGUAGACCCACGACAAGGGUUCAUGUACUGGUCAGAUUGGGGAGCGCAGGCCAAGAUUGAGAAAGCCGGGAUGAAUGGAGUGGAUCGGCAAGUUCUGGUUUCAGAGAGAAUCGAAUGGCCCAAUGGGAUUGCACUUGAUCUGUCAAGCAGUCGACUCUAUUGGGUGGAUUCAAAGCUGCAUCUGAUCUCCAGCGUGGACCUGAAUGGAGACAACCGAAGAAUUUUGCUGUCUUCCAUGGAUCAACUGGGACAUCCCUUCGCUCUUACUCUUUUCGAGGACCGGGUUUACUGGACAGACUUGGAAUAUGAGGCCAUCUACAGUGUAAACCGCCUGACAGGAAAUGAUGUGGUGAUGCUGGCUCAACAUCUCAACAACCCAUUGGACGUGGUGGUGUUUCAUGAGCUCCGGCAGCCUAAAGUUCCAGACACAUGCAACAUGGGGAAUUUGCCCAACGGAGGCUGUGAGUAUCUGUGCCUCAGAGCUCCUCAAAUCACAGAACACUCACCCAAAUACACCUGUGCCUGCCCCGACAGCAUGGAACUGGGCCCGGACAUGCGCCGCUGUGUGUCAGUGAAACCCAAAACAACAGCUGCUCCAGAUCCAGCUGCAUCCACAGCUUCAGCAGCAGAACCCUCCACUACUGCGACUCCUACAACCUCCACCCCAGUUACAUCAGCCAAUACACCUACAACCACCAGUAGACUCUUUACAACUACAGCACCAAUUACAACCAGCAGCAGCAGCUUCAGCACAUCCACCCACUCCAGCACGCAUCGCUCCACCAGCACACACUCCACAUCCACUUCAAGCACAGCGAGCUCUCAGCCCAGCACCACUGCACACUGGAAACAGCCCACCUCCACCGAGACGACCACAGAUCACAGGCACACAUCUACAACCAUUACACAUGUCAACAGCAUACAAGGAGCCAAUGCCAACCUCUCUCAUCGCGGUAGUAAUGAC